UAAUAAUAAAUAACAUUUCUACUAUUCUAGCAUUAAGUAUUUUUUUGUUGGUGACACUGACUGUCAGCUGUCACGUCAAAAAAAAGUAAUUUCGAAUUUUCUCAAUUUUUUACAAAUUGAAACAAUGUUGACAACAAUUAAGACCAUCGGAAGCUGUUUGCGUCGAACUUUAGGGGUUCGUUCCCUACAAACCGCUUCAGCCCUUCAACAUGAAGCAGUGUUCAACCACCGAGACACUCCUGAGGACAACCCCGACAUCCCUUUUGAUUUCACUCCUGAAAACCAGAAGAGGGCUGAAGCCAUUCUUGCGAUUUACCCCGAAGGCCACAAACGAGCCGCCAUGAUCCCCCUUCUUGACUUGGCGCAAAGACAACAUGGGUGGCUCCCAAUUUCAGCAAUGCACAAAGUUGCUGAAAUUUUAAACUUGCCAAGGAUGAGGGUGUACGAAGUUGCGACUUUUUACACAAUGUUUAUGCGUAAACCGACAGGAAAAUACCAUAUUCAAAUCUGUACAACAACUCCAUGUUGGUUGAGGGGCUCUGAUGAGAUUUUAGACACAAUCAAAUGCAAUUUGAAGUUGGAAGUUGGGGAAACUUCCAGUGAUGGCAUGUUUACACUCUCUGAAGUUGAGUGUUUGGGGGCGUGCGUGAAUGCGCCCAUGAUACAAGUUAAUGAUGAUUAUUACGAGGAUUUGACAGCCAAAGACACGGAAGAGAUUUUGAAUGAUUUAAAAAACGAUAAAAAACCAAAACCUGGCCCUAGGAAUGGCCGAUUUGCUGCUGAGCCGAUUGGAGAGCCAACUUGUCUCGCUGGUGAGCCCCCAGGCCCAGGCUUCGGGGUCCGUUCCGACUUGUGAUUAUGUAAAAAACCUAAUUUUUAAAUAAAAACUAGUUGAAUUAA